UGCCAUUUUAGCGGAUUUUCCGCUAGAUCUGGCGGAAUUGCAUGUUAUCUAGCGGGAAAAAUCUUAAAAUUUACAAGAGUAACUGGCGGAUUUUCAAGUCCAAUCUAGCGGCAAAUUUUUUGAGCUUCACCUAUCAUCUGGCGGAUUUUUCAGGUCAUCCUAGCGGAUUUAUAAAUUUUGAGUUGGCAACACUGGUAAUGACUAGGGAUGGAAGGCCGGAGUUACUAGGGAGCCCCAGCAGCAGCACCAUCUGCUGCUGGGGGCCUGAGGCUCAGUGGAGAGACGAGUGGACGAGUGAUUGAGGCAGUGAAAGAGUUCCUGGAGAGCAUGUGGCGUGCAAGAUGUAGGGAAUGACAUCUAGCCCCGAGUAGCUGAACACCGAUUUUCUGUAUGUUUUGUUUUUUCUUUCACAGGAGCUGCCGAUACAAAGGCCUGGCUGGAAGAACUCUCAAGCCACCUGUGACAUCAAGAUCAAGAUCUGGGUCCUGGGAAGGAGAGCGCAGCAAGUUUGCAACGACUACACUGUUCUGAGUGUUCUCCCUCCGCUAUCAUCAUGGCCUGACACAUCGUCUGUCCAGCCUCUCCUGCUCAGUGGACCCCUCGUGCACGGGGAAGUGAAGUCAGCCACACUGAAGACCACAGCACCAGAAUAAUUGGGACAACCACCACCAAUGCUGGUUCUGCAGCGAGUGAUUGAGGCGGAUGCUGUGCUCAGCGCUCACUCCAGCCUUGCUACCAUUGACUCCAGGACUCUUUGAUUCAUCCCUCACCUCGCCUGCUCGCUUGUUCUCUGAGGGUGGCAUUAGGGGAAGCUUGCUGAUCACUCCAGCUUUCCUCAGGUUCCUGGAAAGCCAGUCAGCAUCCUGAAUGGCCAGGAGCAGACUGUUACUGGUGUGGAGCUCAGGGGUGAUCAGAAGCACCACCUCUAUCACCACCUUGCUACUGUCAUCUGCGGCCAUAAAGGAAAGAGAAAGUUAGAGUGUCAGGAGUGUCAGAAGAUUUGAGACUGAGAGCAAUGUCACUUGACACAGCCUUGCACACCCUGGUGAAAGAAAUCAUGAGUGCUGAGAGUGGGGGAAAAGACAUUCUGGGUAGUGUUACCUCAACAAAUUCACCCACACUUUCUGAUGAAAUGAGUCAUGAAUGUUAUGAGUGUGGCAAAAAGUUUAGCAAAAAGGGUUAUCUCAAUAAGCACAUUAUUACACACUCCGGAGAAAGAAAGUAUGAGUGUGAAGUUUGUGGAAAAAGGUUUACUAUGAAGGAUACCCUCAACAGACACACCCUUACACACACUGGUGAAAGAAACUAUGAAUGUGAAGUUUGUGGAAAAAGAUUCAUUGACAAAGGCAUCCUCACCAGACAUGUUUCUAUUCACACUGGUGAAAAAAAUCAUGAAUGUGAACUUUGUGGAAAAAAGUUUAGGCUGAAGGCUCACCUCAACAGACACACCCUUACACACACUGGUGAAAGAAAUUACGAAUGUGAAACUUGUGGUAAAAGAUUUCCUGAGAGGGGUGCUCUCAACAAACACAUCAUCAUUCAUACUGACCCAAGAAAGCAUGAAUGUGGAUUUUGUGGGAAAAUAUUUACUGAAAAAGGUACCCUAACAAAACACACACUCAUACACACUGGUGAAAAAAAUCAUGAAUGCGAAAUUUGCAGCAAAACUUUCAGGCUGAAGGCUUUCCUUGACAGACACAUCCUUCUUCACAAUGGUGAAAAAAAUCACGAAUGUGAAGUUUGUGGAAAAAGCUUUAUUGAUAAGAGCAACCUCAACAGACACAUUCUUAUUCACACUGGUGAAAAAAAUCAUGAAUGUAAACUUUGUGGAAAAAGAUUUAUGUUAAAGGUUCACCUCGACAGACACACCCUUACACACACUGGUGAAAGAAAGUACAAAUGUGAAAUUUGUGCUAAAACAUUUAUUGAGAAGGCUCAUCUUAACAAGCACAUGCUUAUUCACACUGGUGAAAAAAAUCAUGAAUGUGAAGUUUGUGGAAAAAAAUUCAACGGGGAGGGUCAUCUCAAGAAACACACCCUUACGCACACUGAUGAAGGAAAUCAUGAAUGUGCAGUUUGUGGAAAACAAUUCAGUAAAAAGAAUAACCUCAACAGACACACACACACACACACUGAUGAAAGAAAUUAUGAAUGUGAAAUUUGUGGAAAAAGCUUUACUAAGAAAGACACCCUCAACAGACACAGUGUCACACACAGCGGUGAAAAAAAUUAUGAAUGUGAAGUUUGUUUGAAAAGAUUCAGUCGCAAGAAUAACCUGAAGCAGCACACCCUUACACACACUGGUGAAAAAAAUCAUGAAUGUGAAGUUUGUGGGAAAAGAUUUCUUGAGAAGGGAAGUCUCACCAGACAUAGCAUUACUCACACUAGGGAAAGAAAGUAUGGAAGAAUUUAUGAAUGUGAAGUUUGUGGAAAACAGUUAAGUCAGGAGAGUCACCUCAAUAUGCACAUUCUUACACACAGUGAUGAAAUAAAUCACAUGUGAAAUUUGUGGCAAAGGAUUUACUGAUGAGCGUGCACUCAACAGACACACCCUUACACACAGUGGUGAAGGAAAUGAAGUGCCGCGUGUGAGGAGGAAGAAAUGUGACAGGAAGCAAGCUCCUAGAAAAUGCAUUAAAAGUUUGCCAAAGAAAUCAUAAUCAUAAUUUUGUUUUCAACUUGGAACAUCAUUACAUUUUUUUUAAGGUCUCAGGGGAGGCGGUGGCUGAGUCGACAGAGUGACGGCACCGCGUUCGGGAGGACACAAGUUCAAUCCCCGCCCGGUGCUGCCAAGCUGGGAUUUUUCAGCCGGCGCAGAGUGGCUUAAAACUACCCACAUGCUGUCCAGAAGACCACCUAUCAACCCGGACUCUAGAUUCUAGGAUUAAAGAUGAGCUCCGGGAGGGCAGCAUGAGCCAAUGCAAGAUGGCGCCACUAUAAACACUCGCCUGCGCCAGAACAGGCUGGGCUGACCAUCAGGCCCCACCGGGAAGAAGCCUACCGGCGCAAU